UUUAACGGUAGAUGUCGCGUCGAACAUAACCUCAAAAGAUAAAUAAAAACGUAACGUAUUAAGUUACGAUUAUUUGUUUAAUUAACAAUGAUUAUAAUAAACAACAUUCAACAGUAAUUGAAAUGCUAGUUUAAUUAAGAUUAAAAGUGUUAAUUGCAAUAUCUUUACUUCAAUAAAAAUGAGUGAUUCAGAAGAGGAAAAUUAUGCAAAAUACGGAUGUCCACUUGAUCCUCUAGAUGAAGAUAAUUUACCACGAAAGAAACCAGUGUCAAUUCAAGAUCAAGUUGCCGUUGAUGAACAGGGAAGACGUAGAUUUCAUGGAGCCUUUACAGGUGGUUUCUCGGCUGGAUACUUUAAUUCUGUUGGAACACGAGAUGGAUGGCAACCUCAACAAUUUAAGUCCUCUCGUAAAAAAAGAUUUGAGAACAUUACUCAAAGGCCCGAGGACUUUAUGGAUGAGGAAGACACCGGUGAAUUUGGAAUUGCGCCCACUGGAAUACGAGUUACUCAAGAUUACGCAGACACUAAUCAAAGAGGAACUAAGAGGAAACUAAAUCGGCAAAUUAAUGACGGUCCAAUUCCUGGGACGCCUGUCUUGGAAAAUCUCAUUAAACCUGUCAAGGACAGAAUAGGAGUGAAGUUACUUAAAAAAAUGGGCUGGAAACCAGGACAGGGCGUUGGACCACGAUUGACAAAAAAAGAAAAAGCUAAAGUUAAGAAACAACAUGAAAAAGUAAAAGUCUACACUUGCUAUAUGCCUACUCAGAAAAAAGAGGACGAAGAAAGUGAUUCAGAAUCAACAGAUGAUGAAUAUUCGGAAAUUAAAUUUGCCCCUGACGAUUAUGAACCAUUUAGAAUUAAUCCAAAGGACAAUUUUUUUGGAAUCGGCUAUACUGGACUGGAUAAGCGACCAAUCCUCUCUGGACAUAUAAAUCUAUUUGAACCGCAAACAUUUCGUGUUCAGGAGAAAAAUAAAAAAUUCUCCGUUACUGGUCAGGCGUUUGGAGUUGGUGCCUUUGAAGCCGAGGAUAUGGAUAUUUACGCGAGGGAUGAUAUGUCAAAUUACGAUUUUGAAUUGGGUCCGUCAAAGAAAUCAAAAUCAAAAUGGAGUCAAGGUAAAGCUGACAAUUCUUCAGGUAGUGGAUCACUAGAGGGUUUUGUACUUGCAAAAAAUUCGUUACCUCGUAGAAAAUUUUUUGAACCUCCCGAUUUGCCAAAGGAUUUCAAAGCUGUUCAUGUUGUUCGAAAGAGUCGAUUUUAUCCUCCAAUUGAGUCACCACCGAGGAGGAAUUUUCAAGAUGUAAAAUAUGGUGGUCAAAAUUUGAAUGCAGAAACAAGAGCCGCUAUUAUUGGCGAACCGUCGAUAUCAAGGAAUUCAGAUGAUGCAGGUAAUUCUAAUAGAUCUAUUAAAAUUGAUGAAAUAUCACCAGCUGCAAAAAUAAUAGCUAAGACGUUAAAUCUCCACGGACGCGAACAAGUUGCCGAACGGCAAAAAUUGGAGGAAGAGAGAAAAAAUGCCGCUGCAGUCGAAGCAUCUUCAUCGUGGUUAGAUAAACUCUAUUCAUCGAGUUUCGUGAAAGGUGGAGUCAUGGGAUCUGGUUUGAAUGUUGAUGGAAGUCUUAAAAAUUCAGAACAAUUUCAAGAAAAUCAGGAAACAGAUAAAAAAGUAGAUUCAACUGCAGAAACAAGUAAUUCUUCAUUAAAACUUUUCAUUGCCAAUCCCGAUAAACAGAAAAGAUUCGAAAAAUAUCUCGACUUGGAUAAACAAGGAGAAACUCACAAACUUGAUACACUUCAACCUCUAACAAUGAGCGAAUGGGAAAGAAAUCAAGAGAAAACGGAGUUCGAACAAGCGGCAAAACUUACGAAUUCUGAGGAUGUUAAAAAUACUCAAAAAGAAAAUACAAUGGAUCAAAAAUUCGUCAGCAACGUCAUGAAUCCAUCAGUUUUCACCGAACCAGAAGGAAUUACCAAUCAAAUGAAGGAGGCUGCUAAAAUGAAAAUGUUCGGUAAACUAACAAGAGAAAGAAUAAUCUGGCAACCAUCCAGCCUCGUUUGCAAAAGAUUCAACGUUGCAGAACCAAAUGUUGGUUGUUCAAUGGAAACCGAAAAGAAGAAAAAGAAGUUUUCUGUCUUCGAUUCAUUGGACUUUUCCAGUGGAGUCUCAAAAUUCCAAACAUCAACAAUCUUAGAAAAAGAAAUCAAAUGUGAAGCAACAACAAAAAGUGAAAAUAACGAAAACGAAAAAAUGACCGAAAAGGAAAAAACAUUCGAAGAAACUUAUGAAAAGAUCUUUGGCCAAGAGAAAAGAAAAAUUUCCGAUUUAGAAAAAGAAGAGGAACAGGAAAAUUGUGACGAACCAAAAGAUAAAAUUCAAGAGAAACGAGAUCUUUUCAAAGCAAUUUUUCUCAGUAGCAGUGAGGAUUCAAAUUCAGAAACAGAAGAUGGUAUUGACAGUGAAAUCGUAAAGUCAGUCUUGAUUGGACAACCGGCUGAAAUUAACGUUCAACGAAAUACAUCACCACCAAGAGGCAUCUUUGCAAAAUUGGAUCUCGAUAGUUUAGUUGGUCCCGCAUCGCCAGCUGAUAACAAUAAAGAAGCAUCUGCCACCCGAACAGCAUCACCCGAUGUUAUUGAAAUUACCAGCGAACUUUCACCAUUCCCUUCACGUGUUGAUCAAUCAAAAAAUAUCGAGGAACAAUUCUCAAAAAAAUCACUCUCCAAAGACACUUCUGUGCGUGAUAAAAAGAAAAGUAGUGAAAAACGAACAAAAGUGAAAAAAUCGAAAAAAGAGAAGAAAAAACAUAAGCAUAAAGACAAAGAUAAAGAACGUUCUAAACGAAAAAAAUCGAAAAAGGAAAAAAAAUCGAAACAUUGAGAGAAAUUUGUGAUUUUUAGAAAUAGGCAAUAUUUACGAAUAUUGAAAAUAAAUUAA